CUCAUAAACGUCUUACACUUAAUUUUGUUUACUUCUCUUAGAGGUCUUCCGUAACAAUUCUAUCGACUAUAAAUUCAGUCUCUAAUCAGCAACGACACGAGCGAAACACACCUAAUGGCAAGUAUAAAUUCUCUACAAACUAGACUAUUGGGGGCUGUGGGACUUGGACUUUGUACAUCAAUUCUGUCUUAUCUGUAUUACAAGUACAAGUAUGCUAAAAAUGAAGUACUACCAACCAUAUGGAAACAAGUUGGUACUCUCGACGAAGUGCAUUUCUAUCCGAUUAAGUCGUGUGCUGCUAUUGAGUUAGAUGAAGCUUUUUGUGAGAAUCUUGGAAUUCAAGUUGGUGAUGAGAUCAAAGACAGAGCUUUAAUGGUAAUUGAGAAGAAUGGAAAUUUGAUAACAGCUCGGGGCUAUCCAAAGAUGCUUCUAAUAGUUUCGAAAAUUGUUGGCCCUUCAAAAAUGAUUAUAACUGCACCUGGAAUGAAGGAUUUGCACUUUGAUUAUUCCAAACUCGUGGAUAUCGAUAACUUUAAAAAAGCAGAAAUUUUCGGUCACUCUGCUAGGGUCAAAGACUGCGGAGAAGAGUGCAAUACUUGGUUUUCCACAUAUAUUUUGGGACAGCCCGAAGGUCUUCUUUUGGUCUAUUAUCCUUAUGUUGAUCCAACUAGGCCAGUUGCUGGAGUUUUUCAAAAUGGAAUUUUUUCCAAAUUGGACACGGGAACUUUCCAAGAUGUUUCCAGCUACCAUCUCAUAAAUAAUGCCUCCAUAAAAGAUCUUAAUUCCCGUCUGACAAACGAGAUCUUUGCAAGACAAUUUAGAUCAAAUUUUUAUAUCAAUACUGAGUCAGCUUUUGGUGAAGAUAAUUGGCAAUGGAUUCGAAUUGGCAAUGAAGCUGUAUUUCGAAAUAUUGCCCCUUGUUAUAGAUGCAUCCUGCCGAAUAUCAAUCCAUUUACUGCUCAAAGGGAUUCUGAUGGUCAACCUCUCAGAACUUUAAAGGAGUAUCGCAUGAAGCCCAAUUCACCUCUAAAAUCCCCAGUUAUGGGUAUUCAAAUGGGCUUAAGAUCUGUUGGGAGAGUGAAGAAAGGAGAUGCUGUUUUUAUUGAAGGUGCCAUAUGAAAAAAAGACUGGAUACGGUUUAAGAAUAUAUUUAAACAUUUGUUUUAAAAAUAAACUGUCUUAUAAUUUAUACAAAGCAAA